AUGCCACCAUCAGCAACUGUAAGUGAGCAACAAAAGUUUACAGGACAUAUCGGUAAUUUAAGUCCUCAACAACAAGAAACAUUGGAUAAAUUUCGUGAAGAAAUCAAGAAAGAAGGAAUAUUUGAUGAAAAACGUCAUGAUGAUGCAUGUUUAUUAAGGUUCUUACGUGCACGUAAAUUUGAUUUAGUUAAAACAAAAAAAAUGUUUACGGAUUGUGAAAAAUGGCGUAAAGACUUUGGUGUCGAUGAAUUAGUAGCCACAUUCGAUUAUAAAGAACGUGAUGAAGUAAUGAAAUAUUAUCCAAGGUAUUAUCAUAAGACUGAUAAUGAUGGUAGACCAAUCUAUAUUGAAGAAAUUGGUAAAGUUGAUGUAAAAGCUUUAUAUCAAAUCACUACAUUAGAAAGGCAAAUUCAAAACCUAGUCGUCGAAUAUGAAAGAUUGGCUGAUGUCAGAUUACCUUCCUGUUCUGAAAAGUUUGCUAAAUUAAUUGAAACCUCGUGUACCAUUCUUGACCUCAAAGGGGUUAGUUUACGUUCCUUUUCAAACGUUUUUGGCUUCGUCAAACAAGCUUCCAACAUUGGUCAAAACUAUUAUCCUGAGCGUAUGGGUAAAUUUUAUAUUAUCAACGCUCCCAUGUUAUUUUCUUCUGUUUGGAAUUUAGUUAAACCUUUAUUAGAUGAAGUUACUGCCGCAAAGAUUGUUAUACUUAAUUCAAAAUAUCAAUCUACUUUAUUGCAAAAUAUUCCUGCCGAGAAUUUACCUUCCGCUUUUGGUGGUAAAUGUCAAUGUGAGGGUGGUUGUCAACUUUCGGAUGCAGGUCCUUGGAAGAAAGGUGGGAUUGUUAACGGUGCAUCAUAA